AUGAUGCAGAAGCAGAGGGAGGAACACGCGAACAAGGAACGCCACGUCGUCAACCUGCUGACACUGAUGGAUGUGGACGGAGAUCAGCUGGUCACGUUCGAGGAGUUCGUGGCGAGUUUAGAGCAGCAAGAAGUUCGCGAUUACCUGUCUGCGCUGGAAGUGGAUGUCACUGAUGCGAAGGUGUUCUUCCAGAUGCUGGACGACAGGGACGGCAGCGGAUCUGUCGACAUCAUGGAGUUCACCAGCGGGAUGCAGAAGUUCCGUGGCGAGGCCAAGAGCGUCGACAUUCACAUGAUGCUGCACGAGAACAAGAAGCUGUUCAAGCUGGUGAGCUGCCUGGUGGGCAUGCUGUGGGCGGACUUCGACGAGGAGGACGGGGAAGAAGACUCGUUCGGGAUCUGUCCGGAGGACGAGGAUGCUGAUGACUGA